AAUGCGCAAUUUACGUUACUUUGGGGUAGGUUUACGGCUUCGAGUUGCGUACUUUGCGUAAAUCGGCCGGCUGUCGCAUGUAAUACACGGUUGGGCCUGUUCGCCCCUUCGCUCUAGUAGUUUUUAAUUUUAUGGAGGAGCCGCUGCCGUUCGCAGGGUGAUAGGAGGAAAAUGUCUUUAUACGAUGAUCUUGGUGUGGAGACCAGUGACUCAAAGACAGAAGGAUGGUCCAAAAACUUUAAACUCUUACAGUCUCAGCUGCAGGUCAAAAAAGCAACAGUCACUCAAGCAAAGACACAGAAGGCAAAACAGGGCAGCGUCCUUGCUCCUGUAAUUGAUCUGAAGCGAGUGAGUUCUGCCGAUGAACGACAGAUUGUCGACACUCCACCUCAUAUAGGGGUUGGAAUAAAGGACUCACUGCCUAGUGGCUUUUCCACUGGAGAUGCGCUUGUCCCAUUGGCUGAUGAAUAUGACCCCGUUUUUCCAAACGAAUAUGAGAAAGUGGUGAAACGUCAGCGGGAAGAAAGGCAGCGGCUACGAGAGAUUGAAAGACAGAGAGAAAUUGAAGAGCGGGAAAAAAGACGUAAGGAUAGACAUGAGGCCAGUGGGUUUUCAAAAAGACCUGCUGACCCGGAAUCUGAUGAAGAAGAGGAGUAUGACGAGCAGCGAAGGAAAAGAGCUUUGGGGGGAGCUGCUAUUGCACCACCUACGUGUCUUGUUGAGAAAGACAGAGAGUCUAUUGUACCCGCAUAUGAUGACGAGCCCAGAGUGCGCCCACAAAUGGCAAAGGCUGCCAUUCCACCACCAAUAUAUGAUGAGCCAGAGAGACCGCGAUCGCCCACUGGACCCAGUAAUUCAUUUCUUGCAAAUAUGGGGGGGACCGUGGCUCACAAAAUCAUGCAGAAGUACGGCUUCCGGGAAGGACAGGGACUGGGGAAACACGAGCAGGGACUUAGCACAGCCCUCUCGGUAGAAAAGACAAGCAAACGAGGAGGCAAAAUCAUUGUUGGUGAUUUGACAGAUAAAGCUGAAACGUCAAAGAAAGGCGACCCCAACCCCUUAACCGAAAUAUUGAAGUGUCCCACCAAAGUGGUUCUGUUACGGAACAUGGUGGGUUCAGGAGAGGUUGACGAGGAUUUAGAAGCUGAAACAAAAGAAGAAUGUGAGAAAUACGGCAAAGUUGCAAAAUGUGUCAUCUUUGAGAUCCCUGGCGCUCCCGAUGAGGAUGCAGUGAGGAUAUUUUUGGAAUUUGAAAGGGUUGAAUCAGCAAUUAAAGCCGUGGUAGAUCUAAACGGGAGGUAUUUUGGCGGACGCAUCGUGAAGGCCUGUUUCUACAACCUAGACAAGUUCAGAGUACUAGAUCUUGGAGAGUGAACUGUGAUGGUCUCUCCCUCUCUCUUUACUCGGAUGUCUCUUUUUCAGAGCGCUGCACAGUCUGUUUUCAGUAAAAUGGAAAUUAUCUCCCAGAUUAAAUGUCACGUUUAUUGUGAUGAACAUUUUUUCUUUUAAUUUUAUAGUAUAAAGGACUUUUUUUUUUUAAAAAAAAAAAAAUGCGAAAACUUGUCCCCCCCCAAACCGUUCAGUUUGUUUUUCCUGUUCAAGUCCCAUUAUUGUGCUGAUUUAUUAAAAUAUGUCCAUCCUA